AUGGCCAGAAUCACUCUUUUUUUUGUUCUCAUCCUCUGGGCAGCCACACAGCAGGGAAGGGGAAAUGAAAUUACAGAAAAAGGCCUCUCUUUGCUAGGGUACCAUCUGUGCAACUAUAGCCUGACCAAAAAUGUGUUUAAAACGGUUGCCUACCAAAAGUCCUAUGAGAAGAGCACUUCGUGUGGAGGAUGGAUACCAUGGAUGGUGUGUCCCCGGACGUACUAUAAAACACAGUAUCAUACUGUUGAAGUCCCUGAAACCAUCACUCUUACAGAUUGCUGUGAAGGAUAUGAACAAGUUGGACUCUACUGCUCUUUAGCGCUCAAUAGAUCCAGUGUGUUUGCCUCAAGACCUGGUAUUUGUCCAAUGGAGAAUAUGGAAACAUCUGAUUAUCCUUGCACGUUCGAUACUGAAUGUCCAGGGCUUAAAAAAUGCUGCAAUUCAUCCAAAGGAGCAGGCUGUGUAGAUCCAAUGCCAGAGGGAAGAACGUUCUGGUACAAUGUGACAGUGCUUGUGAAAAUGGAUUUUAAUGAAUUAAUCAGAGUGGAUUCCCACCUUCUGAAUCAUUCGCGCCUUUUGCACUCCAUGAUUACUGGUGCGUUACAGCCCUUGAAUGCCUCCGUGCACCAUAUCCAGAGUAACCGUGCAGAAGUAUAUGCCGGGACGGUGGCCUCUUGGGUUCUCAUUGGACUGCAUCAGCCAGCCCCACUAGCAGAGGUUUCUUCUUCCUUGAAGGACAUUGUCAAGCGCACGUAUGAAGUGAUUGACACAGAAGUGCAAGAUGUCAAUGAAUGUUCCUAUGCGGAAUUCAACGCUUGUCCUGAGAAAAAUACCUGUGUAAAUCUGGAGGGUUAUUACAGCUGUGACCCUCAGCAUGAACAUGCAGAUGUCAUCUCUCACCAGCUGACCCAAAGAAAGGAAGGCAUGGCAGCAUCUACUCCAAGUUCAGCAUUAGAUCCCAUUAACACUAGCAAUAGCUCUCCGUCUAUAAGCAAAUCAAGUCUCUUGUCCAUAACUAACCAAUCUACAGAUGCUGGGUGCUCUCCUUCUGCGGUUAGAAAUCACCGAAUCUUCAGUGUUACCAGCAACAGUUUUGAAAUGUCCUGGCAUGUCGCUUCUACUCUGAACCAUACUUUCCAAGUCCAAGUGUUCAAGGGCAAAGAGAUUGUACAAAACCUGAAGACAGAGGAAAUGAAAAUGGAUGUGUCUCAGCUGGAGGCAGGUGUGCUCUAUUCAGUAGAGAUCAGCUAUGAAACCUGUGGAAAAACCAGCAUCUCCCGUCAAAAUGUCAAAACAGAGGCCAAGAUAUUUGGUGUUACUGCAAGAAUUCUCAACUACAACUUCACUGAUGAUUUCCAUAAUGCCAGCAGCUCAGCUUAUGAAGAAUUUUCAAGACUGUUGCUUACAGAGCUUGAAAAUUCAUUUCCACCUAACAUUUCUGCUUUAUACAAAUCUGGGAAGCUGAAAGUGCAGACUGAAUCCCUGCAAGCUGGAAGCAUCAUUGUGAGGCUCAGAAUCACUGUGCAGGAUCCCGAGUUUCCAGUUGAUGCCUCUACAUUUGACCCAGUGCUUUCUUACCUGCACAAUGGCUCUGUGCUUUUGGUGGAUCAGCAGAACACUGCAGUGGAAGACUGGGAUGAAUGUGCUUCUCAUGCUGAGAAUGACUGCUCUGUGUUUGCUGAGUGUAUCAAUUUGAUGGGCUCGUACCUGUGCAGAUGCAAGACAACCAUGGAUACCAAUCCAUCCCGACCUGGAAGAAACUGUGAGGGUGAGAUUGUGGACCCUCUCACCGAAACGGUGGCUCCUGAAAUAACAAACAGCACAGAGUUUUCUGCUGAAGAAGUAAGCCCUGCAGGCCCUGCUUCCCCUGCCACCACCAAGAUGGCGGCUGCUGUAGGCUCCAAGAUGAGCACCGCCGAGCACCUCCCUGCUGCACCGACCCUGGGUGACCAGCAAGCACCCCACGGUCAUUCUCCCACCAGCGCUCCUCCAGCCCCUUGGAAAAAAGGCCUGGCACCACAGGCGGGCUUCCUCGGGGACCACAGCCCCACGGCCACGGGGGUCUCAGCCAGCAAGGAACUGGCCAUCAGCGCAGAGCGACAGGCGGCCGUAAAUCCAUCGCAGCAAAGCUCGGCGGCAGAGGCUUCCCCCGGUGCACUGCAGAGAGCGGCUGCUCUCACAAGUGGGCCCACGGGCACGGCCGGGCAAGACCAACUCAGUUCGCCAUUGCUGGUGUUUCCAAACCAAACAGCCUCUGCUACCACCAGAAGUCACACAGCUUUUGGUGUGCCUGAAGCCGACUCUCAAGGUGGCCCUGGUAGAGCUCUGCCGGCCGCGGGGGAUGCUGGCGUUCCCACCCUCAAUGUCACUCUUAGAGAGCACGUAGAGAUGGGAAGGGAGAACAGCUCUUGGUCUGAGAAAUACACUGGAGCCCUGGGGUCACCAGCUUUGCCAGGAGUCUCUCCAGCUCCCAGCCUGACGCCAGGCCCAGCCACGGACCGCACUGUCCAGAAACUUAGUGGCACAGUACGGAUAACAAAUGUGAAAUACUCCCUGGGCUUUAGCAAUACGAGCAGUGAGGAAUACCAAACCUUUGCACAGCUCUUUCUUGAUGAAGUACAUAAAUCUCUGCCCCUUGAGGUUCUUCAGCAGAUGGAUGCUGGCCUGAUUAAAGUGUUGAUAACGGGUAUUACUAAUGGGAGCACGGUGGUAAGUUUCAAUUUACUGAUUGCAGAAGAUGUGGAUAUCUACUACAUCAUCACCACUUUUCGUGAUGCCUUUGAACACAGCUCCUAUUUCACAAUUGACAAAAGCAGUCUCUCCAUAAACGAUUAUGAUGAGUGCAAAAGCGAAGAAGAUGACUGCUCCCCAGAUGCAUCAUGCCAUAACACACUGGGGUUUUACCAGUGCAGCUGCAAUGAAGGAUUUGCUGAUGUGCAUCCAGAAAGGCCUGGAAGAAGCUGUGAAGCAUUUCCUAUCAGCCAGGAGGCAACGCUGACGGAUAAGAAACCUGUACACAGCACAGUUUUACCUGCAACAUCUUUGCAAACUUCGGCUCAUGUUUCCUUCCCUGCUUCACUGGACUUCUCUACUGCUGAACACAAAGCUCUGGAGGACACUACAUUCUCCAGCAUGGUGCUGCCGCCUCUCACCACGGAUCCUGUGUCAACUCCCAACGUUCUUCCUCAAGCAUCUCCUGUCCCCCUCGUUAAACCUGCCCAGGACGUUUCCAUUAAAGAUGCAGUGAGAGUGUUCUGUGAAAUCGAGAAGAUUGUCCUUGCUAUCCAGAAGAGAUUUUUACAGCAGGAGUCUAUCCCAGAAACCUCUCUGUACCUGGGGGAGCCUCACUGCAACGUGAGCAUCAGCAACGGCACUCAUGUUGUGCUGCAGGCAGGCUGGAAUGACUGUGGCACUGAGGUUGAGACUAACAUGACUAAUACGGUAGUGAAAACCAUCCUUCGGAAUGAUGUUUCUGCUCAGGAAGUAAUCCACAAUUUAAAAGUUGCCAGUCCCAUUCACUGUGUGUUUCAAAAUGAUCUCUUGACUUCUUCUGGAUACACUGCAGAAGGACUUUACACGAUCUUUGAGGAUUUGCAUGGAUCUGGACACUUCAGAACAGAAAUGCAGUUGUUUAUUGGAAACUCCCCAAUACCAAAAAAUUUCAGCGUCUCUGCCAGUGAUGAUGUACUGAUUGAAGUGGGGAUCCAGAGAGCAGACAGCAAGCUCAAGGUGGUCCUCACUGACUGCUGGGCAACUCCAACUAAUAAUUCAGUGGAUCCCCUCUCAUUUGUUUUUAUCAGCAACAGUUGUCCCAUCCCAAAUACAUAUACCACACUGCUAGAGAAUGGGAAUUCAAGCAAAGCACAGUUUAAGAUGAAAAUUUUUUCCUUUGUCAACAAUUCUGUGGUUUACUUACACUGCAAAAUUCGUAUUUGUAUGGAGACACCAGGAAGCACCUGCAGGACAAGAUGCCAUGGGGUUCGAUCCCUGAAGACUGGUGAAACCAUCUCUACGCACAGAACAUCCUGGGGACCCCUAUGUAAAUCUGCUGCAUCUGAUUUGAAGAGAAAGAAGGAGGCUGGGAUGGGAGUUGGAUACAUCAUCCUCAUUGCCUUUGCUGUGUUUGGUUUUGUGCUGGGAGUUGUGAGCCUUCUUAUUUUCCAGUACCAGCAAAAGAUGGGAAUAUACAACUUCAGAAUCAAGUCCGACAACUUCAGCUACCAAGUGUUCUACGAUUAG